AGCACAAUUCAAACACCGGGUCCGCUGCCGUCCGUCCACUUCGAUCUACUUGGAAUAACUCAGUUCAUCCAACAAACUUGCGCAUUCAAUCAGCUAGGCACCACAAAGGCAGACGACGCAAGAGGUCAAGAUGGCAGCCGUAGCUGUCAAUGGAGGCGCUGGCGCAAAGAAGCUUAGCAAGAACGCCUUCCGCAGACAGCAGAAGAAGGCCCAGAAAGAACGCUCCGCAUCCGUCACCCCAUCCGUCGCCGAGUCCACCGAUGUUUCCGAAGCAGAAACCCCGAAGCCCGAGACUGGUCGCCAACCCGACGCUCAAGUCAACACUCGCGAUGAUCCCAUGCAAAAUAAUGACCUCCCGAACGACGACUUUACCAUCCCCGAAGAUGACCCCCUCUAUGCCGAAUUUCAGAGCGUCCUCUCUAGGUUCAACGAGCUGGACAAGACGCAAACAAAAGAAGACGAGAAGCCCGAGAUUUUUUACGAUGAUGACAACGAUGACAUCCCUGACGAGGAGGACGAGAACCAGCCAAAGCUGUCAAAGAAGGCACGCAAGGCCGCCAGCAAGUUGACCAUCGCCGAGCUCAAACGCUUAGUGCGCAAGCCAGAGCUCGUUGAAUGGACGGAUAUUGAUGCUUCAGACCCGCUACUACUCGUGCGUAUCAAGUCACAGCGCAAUGUUGUACCUGUGCCGUCGCAUUGGGCCCUGAAGCGCGAAUAUCUCUCUUCCAAGCGUGGUAUCGAGAAGACACACUUCAACUUGCCCAAGUUUAUCGCCGAUACUGGUAUCGCUGAGAUGCGCGACGCUGUUUUAGAAAAGCAGGCUGAAGCGACGUUGAAACAAAAGCAGCGCGAGAGAGUUCAGGGAAAGCUUGGAAAACUCGACAUUGAUUACCAGAAGCUCUAUGAAGCCUUCUUCCGCCACCAAACCAAGCCUCCGCUCACUCGCUACGGUGAGGUCUACUACGAGGGUAAGGAGUACGAGACUAAUCUCCGCCAUCUGCGACCUGGUGAGUUGAGCGACGAGUUGAGAGAGGCUCUCAACAUGCCUCCUGGCGCUCCUCCACCAUGGCUCAUCAACCAACAACGAUUCGGUCCUCCUCCAUCAUAUCCUGGUCUCAAGAUUCCUGGCCUGAAUGCCCCUCCGCCACCAGGCGCAUCAUGGGGUUUCCACCCUGGUGGCUACGGAAAGCCGCCUGUUGACGAGUACACCAACCGACCUCUAUUUGGUGGUGACAUCUUCGGUGUUAGCAGCGCGGAAGACGAAGAGGCACCGACUGGAGCACCGGUAGAGAAGACUCUAUGGGGUGAGCUACAAGAACGCGAAGAGGAAGAGGAAGAAGAAGAGGAGGAUGAAGAUGAAGAUGAGGAAGAUGGUGAUGAGGCAAUGGACGAGGAAGAUAUUGGCACAGGACUUGAGACACCAAGCGGCAUGGCAUCAGCUGUACCUACCGAGAUUGGCAUUGAGAGUAUGGGAGGUGACUUCGAACUACGCAAGAACGCAAGAGCGGCCGAACCCGAAGACAAUGGCGCUCCCCGAUCAGCAUACCAGGUACUUCCGGAACAAAACAUCCGUGCCCAGGGUUUCUUUGGAGGCGAGAGAGCCUACGACUUGCGGGCAGCACAGCAAAAUCUACCCGUACUGGGACAAGAAAACAGAGGCAGCAAGCGCAAGGUCGGCGACAUCGAUGUCAGUGUAGACGUAGACGCCCUCGAAAGAGACGACCGCUUGAGCAAGGACGAGAUCCAAAGACAGUUUGAGGCACAAAGACAAGCACAAGCCGAGGGACAGUGGAAGGGCAGAGUUGAUCAGGAAGAUUUGAGCCAAAUGAUUGCCGAAGAGAGCAACAAGAGGCUGAAGCAAGAUAAGGAGAGAAACGAGCGCAGAAGAGGAGGCGGUGACAGCAAGAGUAGCAGGAGAUAGGAAGGUCACUGGAUCCACUUUACCGGUUUACCACCCUGCAUCUGGACCGAGAGCCUUGGGAAUGAAGCGCCUCAUGAUCAGCUAAAAGAAAGCAAGAUGAAAUGAAGCAACCCAAUUGACAAUUCUAUCUAAUUUGCAGCAACGGAUGUGCUUCUGGACGAGAUGAGGCACUGCCCCAGGUUGUCUGCCUAGUGUGUGAGAGGACAGGUAAGCUUGCGACUAACGGCUGGCUACAGAGAGGACCA